CCGGAGCAUGAAACAACUCCCAGGCACAAGCAGGAGUUUUUAGACAAGCCAGAAGAUGUUUUGCUGAAGCAUCAGGCCAGCAUCAACGAGCUGAAGCGGACCCUGAAGGAGCCCAACAGCAAACUGGUUCACAGGGACCGGGACAGGAGGCUUCCUUCCUCACCAGCCUCUUCCUCACCCAAACAUGAGGAUGAAACACCAAAGGGAACCCCAGAAAAGGCCGGCGAGAGAGCAGGCUUGAGGGAGGGCGCCGAGGAGAGAGCUAAGCCACCUCGGCACAGGGCUCAUGAGAGCGACACCGGUGACGAGGAGCAGGACCAGGAGAAGGACUCAGUCUUUCUGAAGGACAACCACUUGGCCAUCGAGCGCAAGUGCUCCAGCAUCACGGUCAGCUCAACCUCCAGCCUGGAAGCAGAGGUGGACUUCACAGUGAUCAGUGACUUCCAUGGCACAGCCUUUGAGGACAUCUCGCGGAGCCUGCCUGAGCUGGACAAGGACAAGAGCGAAACAGAAGAAGAAGGCCUGGUUUCCUUCCAGCACGCUGACAAAGUAGUUCCUGGACUGGAAGAGGAUGUCAAAGGCGGGCAGAAGGUCUCCCAGCCCAGCCCAGAUGUCUCCCAGCUAGAGUCAUCAGCCCCGAAAGCAGGUGCUGUGACCAUCGACCCAGGGCCAGGCGUGAAGAAGCUUGAAGCAGACGGCUCCACUCCCCACCAAGUCAGCACCGCAGACGCGGCCCAGGGCGAAGGAGGCUCCCUGGGCAGCGCAGAGGUGGCACUGGCGACCUCGAUCACCAGCAGCUCUGCUGGGAAGGAUGUGCUCACCAGUAUAUUCAGUGCCACUGCGGAAACCCUCUCCACUUCCACCACUACCCACGUUACCAAGACUGUGAAAGGAGGGUUUUCCGAGACCAGAAUAGAGAAGCGCAUCAUUAUCACAGGGGAUGAAGACGUGGACCAGGACCAGGCACUGGCUUUAGCAAUCAAAGAGGCUAAACUACAGCAUCCCGACAUGCUGGUAACCAAAGCUGUGGUAUACAGAGAAACAGAACCUUCUCCAGAGGAAAGGGACAAGAAACCUCAGGUAGGUGGAGAAGUUACCAGGUAUGAUUUGUACUGGCUGU